GUGACUCGGCUUGCUGGAGCGCGCUGACGUCAGAGAGUGGGUGGGGCGACGUCCGUUCCCGUGCGGGUUUUGUGCGGCGCAGACGCUCGCGGCUUCGGAGACGGGGGCUGGAACUGAGCGAGGUUCCGCGUAACCGAACGAGAGCUGCGUCACGCCCGUGACGUCAAGUACCCGACUCCAUUAUCCCGCCCAGCAGCUGCCGCCCAGCUACUCGGAGGAAACCGCAACUACAACGUGUCCGGGGGGAGCUGAGGAACGAGGCCGCCUGACCGCCUCUGUCUGAGGUGAUUGCGACACGGCCACUCACUCACAUCCCAUUCUGUACCAAAGAAAUGGUUAUGGAGAAGCCAAGUCCCCUGCUUGUAGGGCGGGAGUUUGUGAGACAGUACUACACCCUAUUGAAUAAAGCUCCAGACUUCUUACACAGGUUUUAUGGAAGAAAUUCUUCUUAUGUACAUGGAGGACUGGAUACCAGUGGGAAACCCCAGGAAGCAGUUUAUGGCCAGGCAGAAAUUCAUAAGAAGGUAAUGUCCCUUCAGUUCAGUGAAUGUCGCACAAAGAUUCGUCAUGUGGAUGCUCAUGCUACGUUGAGUGAUGGGGUCGUUGUGCAAGUCAUGGGUGAACUUUCAAACAAUGGACAGCCAAUGAGAAAGUUCAUGCAAACCUUUGUUCUUGCUCCAGAGGGAUCGGUUCCAAAUAAGUUCUAUGUACAUAAUGACAUUUUCCGCUAUGAGGAUGAGGUUUUUGGUGACUCAGAAGCAGAACUGGAUGAAGAAUCAGAGGAAGAAGUUGAAGAAGAGCAAGAAGAAAGACAACCAUCCCCUGAGCCAGUACAAGAAAAUGCAAACAAUUCUUACUAUGACUCUCAUCCAGUGUCAAAUGGUAUAGAAGAGUCCUUGGAAGAGCCCAAUAAUGAGCCCGAGCCUGAGCCAGAACCAGAAUUAAAAAGUGAGGAGAUUAAAUCAGAAACUGAAGAAAAAAGCCUGGAAGAACAUGAGGAAAAAUCACCAACCCCACCCCCUGCUGAGCCAGCCAUUUUGCCACAAGAACCGCCCAAGGCUUUCUCUUGGGCAUCAGUGACUAGUAAAAACCUGCCUCCUAGUGGAACUGUUACAUCUUCAGGAAUUCCCCCUCACGUAAUAAAAGCUCCUGCCUCACAGACAAGAACUGAAAGUAAGGCUGAAAGUCAAGUUCAGUCUCCCCGUGUGAGAGAACAGCGUCCUAGAGAAAGACAAAGUUUUCAACCAAGAGGUCCAAGAGCUGGACGAGGAGACACUGAGCAAGGAGAGUCUGAUAAUCGUCGCAUGUUCCGCUACCCUGACAGCCAUCAACUCUUUGUUGGCAACUUACCACAUGAUAUUGACGAAAGCGAACUGAAGGAGUUUUUCAUGCAUUAUGGAAAUGUGAUGGAACUACGAAUUAAUACCAAAGGUGUUGGAGGAAAACUUCCCAACUUCGGUUUUGUUGUUUUUGAUGAUUCCGAACCAGUUCAGAGAAUUUUGCUGGCAAAACCAAUUAUGUUCCGUGGAGAAGUGCGCCUGAAUGUGGAGGAGAAGAAAACCAGGGCUGCUCGGGAAAGGGAAACUCGUGGUGAUGACCGAAGAGAUAUACGUCGAAAUGAUCGGGGUACUGGUGGGCCUCGUGGAGUCAUUGGUGGAGGGAUGAUGCGUGAUCGGGAUGGCAGAGGUUCUUCCCUACGUGGUGGAAUGACACAAAAGCUUGGCACCGGGAGGGGUGCCAUACCCAUGGAGGGUCGUUUUACUGGGCAGCGUCGCUGAAAUGAUUCACAAAUACAGUUGAGCCUACAGUGGUACAUUAUUUGUCGUGUUUGCAUUCUUGUUAAUUUUAGCUUUGGAAUGUGACACAGCCUAUUUUUUUUUUUCUCCUCUUCCUCAUUUCUUUGAUGUGAAAACAUCUUUUUGUUAGCAGAUUCGAUUGAGGUGAACUUUCUUUCCCCCAGUUUCUCAACAGGAUUUAAACUGUUUAAUUUAUACAUACCAACUUUGAAAAUCAAAGGACUGAAUUGUACAUUAGCACUGCAAAUAAUCACAUGGACGUUAGAAGGCCUUGUCCUAUUAGGUUUUCUUUUGAAACCCCUCUGUUGGUACAUUGCAAGUAUUAUCGUUUCUUCUUUGGAAACAAAAGUAAUGCAACAAAAUCCUCACGAUCCCUCCUUAAAUGCUUUUGGCACAAAAAGAACCAGUGGUUAUGCGCUCUUCAAAAUGCACGAACUGUGUCCUCUUAAAAUAAGUACUAGAAUCCAUAAAGAUGUUAAAUAUCCAGAAACAUUUUCAAUUCUGAACUUAAAAUGUUCCAAUAUGUCAGAGCAUGAUCAGGACUACAAUUCAAAGUUUCGUACGUAUGAGGAACUUUUGCACUUGCCCCUCUGAGAGAAGAAGAGAGGCUGGCUGCUUUACCUGUUUCAUCCUUCUCCACCUCCCCAAAUCCCUUUUUUUUCAGCUUUGUACAGUGGAAAAAAAGAUCUUGUAUUUUUAGUUUUCUGGUAAUAUAAUAAGCAUGAUGGUGCCUUCUAAUACAUCAUUCCAGUCCUUGCUGGUGAUUUUGUACAGUCAAUGAAUUACUGUGCUGCAAAGCCAAACCGCUUCAAUACAUUCAAGAAUCAUUGAGAGUGAAAAAAGCCUGCCUAACCAAACUGCAGUAUCUGUAUCAGUAGAAGUUGAUUAGAGUCUGUUUUGCUACAGUUCACAUCUAAACUGCCAUUGGUAUUUAAUUGCCAAUAAUGGGGGGAGGGAUUUCAAUGUAUGGGAAGGAGUUGAUGGUCGUGUGUUUUUAUUGGCCCUUUACUGUAACUCCGUGAAGUGCAUACCAAGGGGUAUAAACCUGUGGUGCCCUGCAAAUAAUCAUUUGCACAUUUCUGUUAACCUUUUGAAGUUCUCUUGAUCCUUGAAGGAGAGGAUGUACUUCCAAUGUCUGUGAGAACAGCAGCUCUAAGUGUCUGCACUUUACAGUACUGUACAGGGGUGGGUGUUUUAUUUUUUUGCACAAUUAUUGGAAAACAGACAAAAUAAACAUUGCUGCUCCCUCCAAGAAGAGGAUAUCUAUAUUAUCCCUUCCUCCUCUCUCAUUCAGAUUUUCUCAGAUGGGCGUUUGAAAUGAACCAUAUCGGGACUGUUGCUUCCUAGAUCCACACAUUCCAGUAAACUGCAGAUUGACCAAGAUAGUGACCAGCCCGGUGCAGUAAAGUUCAAAGAUGCUCUAUAGAGGGGGGAAGAAGUGUGAACACUUAAAGCUGCUUCUGGAAGUGCGGGAAAAUCUUCUGCAACAGUGCACGUGGAGUAACCUGCUGCUGUUUACUUAUGCAACUGUUUGCUGAGCCUCUUCUGAAAUUGAUUGUGCACACUUUUUUUUCCCCCCUCUUCAGUCCACUAGGCAAAAUAAAAUAAUGCUUAUGUAAAUGUUUUUUUUUGUUUGUUUUUUUUUGUCUUUGAUGGCAAGUCUUGCACUAUUUCAUACAUUUCUGGGACACAGAUUUCUCAUGGUUAUAAUUUUAUAUAUACAUCUAUAUUUUGUGUUAUAAAAGUCUUACAUUUGCAAUCUGUUACCUGGAAGUAUUGUACUUGAAUUCCUUAGCAUACACAGCAAAUCUUUUUGGACUCGUACAAUUUUAUUUUUUCUUGUCAUUCCAAUUUAACACCAGGUUUUUUGUUUUUUUUGUUCUAUAAAUUCUCCCUCUUUCUUCCUAUCUGCUGUUUAAUACCCUGUCACCAACUGAACUGUUAUGGCAAAUGGAACUGGGACUAAACUAAAGUGUAACAUACCAUUCUAGAGGAGCAUCAGAGCCAUUAAGCUUUCAAGUCUGCUUCAAGAUUAAAUACCUUGAAUGAACAUUUAACAUCUGGGACGUUUACUUGGUGAUUGUUCACCUACUCUGUAUACAUUUAAGUGUUAUUGUCUUAAUCUUUCAGUAAAUGUACCUCAUACAACCAUA